UCGAAGAGCUAACCGCGGUUAGCGUUGGCCAAAGUCCCUAGUAGGUACCGAAAGUACCUAGUUGUACCUACGUUGUACCUACUACGAAACUUUAAUGGCUGGACAUAAAACAAAUCCGUCCUUUAUUAUUGGGCUGGAGCCUGCGCCACCUUGUGCUGAAAAAAAUAAAUCGUUAUUUUUUUAUGAUACAACGUUUGCUUUAUGGGAACCGUUUUCGGCUAAAUCUAGUUGUAACUUGCAAGAAACGUUUGCUCAAUUGAAAAGAAAAAGGAUAGUUUCUUUUUUGCAUCGAAAUUCUUUCUUUCGAAGUGUGGAAGCGUAGACAAGACACCUAGUCAAAGUGCUUUGCAGUUUUCUGUUGUCGUGUUUUGCAAAAAGCAAGUGCGUCGACCGUCGCUUCCAAGUCUGGCAACGCCGUGUGUGCCGUGUCGCGUGCACGGCGUUUGUUUAUACAACCAGUUUCGCCUCGUUGCACGCAACGCGCGUUUCUCGUUUUCGGUUAUCAUCUGAGUUUUCCUGUCUGUAUUCUGCCCUUCGACCGACCGACCCACCGACAAACCCUCCGACCGGCCACGGACUGACUGAUAAGAUUUGCGGACCGAUUUCCGACUUUGCUACCGGGCAGAAUGUCCAACGCAAGGAAUCGCCGACACAGAAGAGACCGCACGGACGCGCAGUACGCAGCGGCAAUGAUGAGGCGACAGCGUGUGCUGCGGGACCGCCUGAACCCCUUUGAGGAUUUCGACGAGGAUGGGCUGCAGCAACGGUUCCGAUUUGGAAGAGCGGGCAUAAUGUUUCUCGCCGACACACUGCGUCCGGACUUGGAGCGCCGUACACGUCGUAGCCGCGCCCUCUCUGCGGAGCAGCAAGUGAUCAUCGCCUUGCAGUUCUACGCAACUGGGAACUUUCUGAUCACUGCAGGCGACUACAUCCGCGUGCAUGUGUCAAGUGCUUCACGGGCUGUGAGGCAAGUCACCGUAGCGCUGGCUCGUCGAGCACAAGACUUCAUACGAUGGCCUGACGCUGCGGAGGGGGCAGCCUUGCAGCACAAGUUCUACGACAUGGCCGGCUUUCCUUUGGUCGUGGGUGCUGUUGACGGUACCCAUGUCCGGAUCCAGGCACCCCAUGUGCACGAGGAGGCGUACGUCAACCGCCAUGGAUACCAUUCCAUCAACGUACAGGUGGUCGUUGACGCCUCUUCUCGGAUUCGCAACGUGGUUGCAAGGUGGCCUGGAAGCACCCACGACUCUCGGAUCUUCACGGAGAGCACCUUGGCAGUCAAGCUGGCCAGUGGAGAGUACGACGGCCUGCUGCUUGGUGACAGCGGCUACUCCUGUCAACCUUGGCUGAUGACGCCAUUCCUGUCGCCGUCAUCAGCAGCCGAGGUCGCAUACAAUACGGCACACACGACGACAAGAAGCAUUGUUGAACGGACAAUCGGCCAACUCAAGCGGAGGUUCCAUUGCCUUCACGCUGAGCUCCGAAUGGCUCCAGAACGGUGCUGCGACAUCAUUGUCGCGUGCUGUGCCCUCCACAACCUGGCCAAGAGGUACCCCUGCAGGACACCCGUGGCCGCCAUCCCCGCUGAGGUUCCCGUUGAGCCCGUAGCAGCCAACCGUGCUGAGAGCAACGAGGCCCGAGACUUUAUUGUCAACCAUUUCUUCGGCUAAGUAUCCUGCUGUCGCUCGGCCCUUCUCUGGUACUGCUGUGCAGCCUCACGGGUCCAGCGCUGGUUGUGCUGCACAACAGGAGAGGCCAGUGUUCUCUGUGCUGCGUCGUCUUCAACUGUACUGCUGCCAGAUGACGAGGGUGGCGGCGUCGUCACCCUUCCCGUGCAGCUGCUGUAGUGACACGCAUGACCAGGAAAUUGUUUGAGGUUAAAGGGAUACUACAACAAAAUUUCGGGUUUCAUUUUUUGGUCUAUAUGUGUUCGAAGGAGCAGUAUCA